AUGGCAACUAUUAUUCUUGGACCCAUUUUCAGCACAUCUUAUUAUUAUUUAAUUAACGUUGAUGCUACCUCUACAAGUGUAACAUCAUGUCGUUUAAUUAUUACUAUUAGCGUAGGAUUAAUAGAUUCAGUUGUAUAUGGUAUUGGUUUAUAUUUAUCAAUUCAAACAAUUAAUGAAUUUCAUAAUCAACAAAUAUUUUCUAGUAAAGAAAUAAUUCAUUAUCAUAAACAUUUUCAAUCAAUAAUAACACAUGAAAAACAUUUAUUACAAUCGAUUAAUCAAGUUACAGAUCUAUUAAUUGAAAAUCAAAUGAAUUUACAUGAUGUAAUGAAGGAUUUAAUUAUAGAUAAUCAGAAUCAUACAGAUUCAAUAUUAAUACAAAAUAUCAGAAAUAAAUUAGAAAUAUUGAAAUUUAUUGAAAAAGAUGGUUUAAUGACAAUAAAAGAAAAUAUUAAUGAAAGUCUUCAAUUAUUAAAAUUCAAUUUAUCAAUUAAUAAAAAUCAUCAACAAUUACAUGAAACUUAUUUCAAUGAUAUAGUAUUAUUAAAUUCUUAUCUAUUCAAUCGAAUUUAUUUAUUUAUUUUUACAUUUUCUUUUCUUCUAUAUAUUCAUCAAAUUUUAUUAUGGUUUUUUCAAUAUUUAACUUUAAACAAUCCUGAUAAAUAUUUUUCAUAUUCAUUUAUUCUAUCUAUUAUUAUUUUAAGUCAAUCAUUAGGAUUGAUUUAUUUUAUUGAAAUAACAAAAACAUUUAGUUAUCUUUCACUAUUAUAUAUUUAUGCAUGUAUUUUUUUUAUUCGAAGUUUUAUAACACUUGUCAGUAUUCUUUGGGCCUCAUAA